AUGCCCUGCGUUGAUAGUUGGCUGACCUGGUGUGCCAGUCUCUUUCUUCAAGGCUUCCAGGAGAGUUAACAGAAGUCAGCCACCUCUACAAUCCUUAUGAAUACCAUUGUCCCACACCACUCAAGAGCUACCACGUAUUCCCCAGCCUGGUCCCUUCCACCCGUUCCUUAUUCCCAAACAGAGGUGAAAGUCUUAGUAAACGUGCUGCUACAGCACGCUGUGGGUUGUCACUACCCCGACUUAGACCAGCAAUGAGGUUCUUGAUGCCUCCUGACCAGAGAGUGAGCAAAUUCUCUAGUCCCAUUCUUGAGGGUCAACUUUCCAUGGCCAUCUCUGGUACCAGUUUAGGUCUCCGCAAAAGCAGACCUUGAGGCAAGGAUUAGGGGGCAUGUAGCUACUGGGGAGGUGAUAUCAGGAAGAGAGGAGGUAGGGAAAGUGAGAGAAAGAAGGUAGAAAAGUCAAUAAAGGAUACAUUAAAGUGAAGAUUACUGCUGUAGUCAACAAGAGCUGAAUUCACUCUGAGGAACCGGCAAGAAUUGCCUGCUGAGAGAUGGAGAAGCUUACAUAUUUAUCCACUGAUUCCUAUUCUUUAUCGGUUGGGGGUUGCCUCCAAGAGGCUGAUAGACUGUUUCUUCCCAGCCAUCCUGGAAAGUCCACCCUUGCAGGGUGGAGCACGUUCCGUGACACCUCAGAAUGACUCGGGAAGAGAAGCAGAAAGAUUCAGACACAAGUUGGAUGCUGUCAGAAUGUGCAGGAACUGUUAUUUAUGGCUGCAGGGACUUGGGAUAAGAGGUGGCGGCUCCAGGGUAGUAUUAGUCUACCAAAUGGUAGAUUGUGAAAACAAGUGUGAUGAAAACUGACAAAUAAUAACAGAGUACGGCAAAGUGACUGGAUAGCAGCCCACCUGGAUAAUAUUGAUGUACCCUUCCCUCAGAACACUAUACAUGACAUUCCAGAGAAGGCUGGCAGAACCCUGCUGAAAACCCAAGCAUUGCAUCUUGUUGAUUUUCCUUCGAUGUUUGAUUAGCAUACCCUGCCUACAUCAUACUCCGACUCUGGAUCAUCCAGUGACUCUGAAAGCCACUCCAGGAGCGGUCCAUUGAAACCUGGUGGGUGCAGAGCAGUCUCUCUUGCCCUUGCUGGAAAAUGACCUAUAACAAUCGGGGUGCUCACCUGCUACAGUAAUGGAGAGCAUUUUCAUCACGAAGAGAAUAUUUAUUCAACCAGCCAUCUUUAUUGAGAAUCUCAAUUUAAUUCUUUAAUGAAAAAUACAACUUCCAGUUCCAAAUAAUUUAUGUAAAUACCUCACUCUCAAGGAAGUACUGAAUAACCCACCACUCUUUAAAUGUGAGCUGCACAUAGUGACUUCCGUCCAAGAAUACAGAACAGAAAGGGGUGAGGGAGGAAUAGCUUUAUAUUGGAGAUACCUGACGAACCCUCCCACAGCCUGGUGAUCAAGGUCAACACCAACAGUGAUAAAUCAUGCUGAUAGUAUGCGCCCUUUGUGGUCUCACUCCCCCAAACCUGUAACCUCAGUCUCAUCGUGAGAAAAACAUCAGAUAAAUCCCAAUAAAGGGACAAUCUACAAAGUACACAACCACUACUUCUCAAAACUGUCAAGGUCAUCAAAAGCAAGGGAAGAUUGGAGAACUGUCACCACCAGGAGGAGCCUAAGAAAAUAUGACAAAUAAAGGUAAUAUAAUAACCUGGGUGGCAUCCUGGAACAAAAAAAGAACAUCAGGCAAAAACCAAGCAAAUGUGAAGAGUGUAUGGACUUUAGUUAAUAUUAAUGUAUCGAUGUUCAUUAAUUGUGACAAAUGUGCUGCAUUAAUGGGGACUUAGCAGUGGGGCAUGUGGAAACACUUUACUAUCUUUGCAACUUUUCUAUAAAUCUAAAAUUAUUCCUUUUAAAAAUUUAUUUAAAAAAUAAAAAUAAAUGAACCUCUAAUUUAUACUUUGGCUAUUUAUUGACAACUUUAUGUUGAUAGAAAUGUACCAGGAAUUAUCAUUUUACAAUUUGACUCAUAUCUACCUCACACCAAAACCAUUAGCAAUCUGUUCUAAUUUGUGUAUUUGAAUGCUUUAUUCAUUCUCUUUUCCAAAUACUUAUUGAGCAAUACUAUGUUCCAGGAAAUACACCUGGUGCCGGGCUAUAGAGAUUAAUAAAAUAUGAUUCCUGUCCCACAAGAAGUUUACAUUCUGGGAACACAGACCGUCCUAGAACACUUGUAUUCCACUUCUCCAGAAGCAAACAAGCUACAAUGAACACAUUUUGCUAUUCCUAUUAAGAGUACAAAGAAAAUAAUAGCUGAAAUUCUUCUCUAGCUUUUAAGUGCUUUUGUUUAGGUGAGACAUGGAAUUCAUUAAAACUGCAUUAUCAAUUAAGAAACAUGCAGGAAUGAUUAGCUUAAAACCUGGUAGACAGGAGCGUAUUGACAACCAAGAAACAGAACUUCCUUCUUUUUGACAUGACGACACAUCCCCUCACCAACAACAACAUUAAGCAGCGCCUCAUCAAGAAGGUGCAGGAAGCCGUUCUCGACAAAUGGGUGAACGACCCUCACCGCAUGGACAAGCGCCUGCUGGCCCUCAUCUACCUGGCCCACACCUCGGAUGUCCUAGAGAACGCGUUCGCACCCCUCCUGGACAAGCAAUACGAUUUAGCCACCCAGCGGGUGCGGCAGCUCCUGGACUUAGACCCUGAGGUGGAGUGUCUGAAGGCCAGCACCAACGAGGUGCUGUGGGCAGUGGUGGCCGCCUUUACCAAGUGACGCUGCGCAGAACCUAGCGUCCUCCUUUUUCUCGCAGGAUCAUUUUUCUUCCAGGGACUCCUGGUUUUCUGCAGUUUGUACUUCCCACACUAUAAUUGGUUUUCGUUUUAUGAAAUGGUGGGUGGCUUUUCCUGUUGUUGGUGUGUACCUUCAGGAAGCUGCUGGUAUGAGAGACCUUUCUAAACCUUUUUUAAGUUUAGAAAAAAAAGUUUUACUGCCUAUUGUCAUUUCAUUCCUUCUUGACUUCAAGAGAGUCGCCGUUCUCACUGUAAUAGGCUUUGGAUUUUUGUUAUGUUUACUUUCAAACUACCUCCAGUUUCUUUCUUUCCUUUUUUUGCCGAUUUUUGUUUUUUAUUGAAGCAUAGUUUGAUUUACAAUGUUGUAUGAGGUUCAGGUGUACAGUAUAGUGA